UCUGUCAGUGUCAAAAUGGGUUUGACGCUUUCGGGUUUAUUUCGUAAAUUUUUCGGUAAAAAACAGCUUCGAAUUUUGAUGAUCGGACUCGACGGUGCCGGCAAAACCACAAUUUUGUACAAACUAAAAUUCGGUGAAAUUGUGACGACGAUACCAACUAUCGGAUUCAACGUAGAAAUGGUCGAGUACAAAAACAUAACUUUCACGGUUUGGGAUGUGGGAGGCCAGGAUAAGAUUCGCCGCCUCUGGCGGCAUUACUUCCAAAAUACUCAAGGGAUCAUCUUCGUCGUCGACUCAAGUGAUAGAGAUCGAAUCGAUGAAGCUCGCAAAGAGCUCCAGAGUCUUAUGCAGGAGUAUGAAUUGCAAAAUGCCGCCUUAUUGGUGCUGGCAAACAAACAAGAUUUGCCCGUGUCGAUGACGGCGGCUGAAAUCGCUGAAAAGAUGCAACUUAACGAGUUGCGCGCCCGCAAAUGGCAGAUUCAGGGAACUUGUGCGCUCAGAGGUAACGGAUUGUACGAGGGGUUCGAAUGGUUGUCGCGGGAGUUACUUUAGAUUAGUGUGAAAAUUAUCGACUGCUGCGAGAUUAAGUUUUGCUUUUCUUUUUGGAAAUGUUGCUCGAUACUGAACUCACCUUAGCAGCCGGGUUAUGUAGUCGGGCCAGUUGGCGGGAAACAUCACCAGGAAAAAUCCUACAGCGAUAAGAAUCAUUCCUGCUAAUUUCAUCCCUUCGAAGUUAGCACCGUACAAAACCACGUCCAGUGCUACACACAUAUUUGUGUUAAUAAUAAAAUUCCCUAAUAAUUGUGUUUAGUUUUAAUUAGUAGAACUGUAGCUUAAUUUAAUAAGACAAAUAAAUAAUGCUUUGGAGU